AGGGAUGCUGUUGCCAGGGAACACUGGCUACACCGAGAACCACUGACAACAGCCGCAGGAUUAUUCCAGGAAUCAUCAGUACUUCGUUUCCCCAAAUUGCAGCAGGAUUAAAAAAAAGAUUUUGAGGAAUCCAGAUAGGCAAUAAAAACCGGAUUAGGGAAAAAGGCACCUAUUGGGAGAAGUGAUGAUGAUGCUACAGCCGAUGCGCUCUGACUGAAGAAAUUCGGUGCGGCCAUCAGGGCUAAGAGACAGCCUGUCAGCUUGCUCUUCACGGCCAGUCUUUUCCCAACAAAGGUGGACAGAGGCGAAGGAAAGGAAACGAGGAGGGUGGGGGUUCCAGCACAGAGGUGCCCCCUGUCCUCAAGCACCUGCUGCUGGCUAGCGACUGACAUUGAGGACACUAUCUGUGUGUCUGUGCGUGAGUGUAUGUAUGCAUGUGAAGUAGGGGAGGAGAAGACAUAUGCAUUUGUGUCAGUUUGGAGGGUCAACACAAUUUCUUUGCUCCUGUGAGUGAGGAGAAGUAGGAGAAAUACGCACACAGAUAGACCAUCUGAAGAAUUUGAGGGAGAUCGCCAUCAUCUCAUGCCCCUGCUCUCCUCGCUGAGGGAUGGGCACCACAGAAGCGACUCUAAGAAUGGACAACAUGGAAGUGAAAGACGAAUGGCAAGAUGAAGACUUCCCUAGACUCUUACCCGAGUACGGAGACAUGGACUCCUCUUGUGGCCUCACAGACAACAGAACCUCUCCUCCCAACUCCUUGAAUGUGAGCCCACCUGGAGGUGGCGCUGGCGUGGCGUCCUCGCGUCGUACACGGCGUACCCUGGUUGCCCCGGAGAUGAAUCUGUCCUUGGAUAAAAGCGAGGGGUCUCUGCUGUCGGAUGACUUUCUGGACACGCCCGACGACCUGGACAUCAACGUGGACGACAUGGAUACGCCGGAUGAGACGGACUCGCUGGAGUUCAUCACCAAUGGCAAUGACCUGGAGUGGGAAGAUGACACUCCAGUGGCCUCGGCCAAAGCAGGUUCGACUGGUGGUACGGGAGACUUAGACGAGGAGGGAAACCCCAACAAUGGACGCCUGUGGAGGACGGUGAUCAUCGGAGAACAAGAGCACAGAAUCGACAUGCAGAUCAUCCGACCGUACCAAAAAGUCAUCACCCAUGGAGGUUAUUUUGGGGAGGGCCUGAAUGCUAUCAUCGUAUUCUCUGCAUGCUACCUGCCUGACAGCAGCAUCCCAGAAUACCAUUACAUCAUGGAGAACCUCUUCCUGUACGUGGUGAGCAGUCUGGAGAUGCUGGUAGCUGAAGACUACCUGAUCAUCUACAUGAACGGAGCCACACCCAGGAGUAAAAUGCCUGGAAUUAGCUGGCUCAAGAAAUGCUACCAGAUGAUUGACAGAAGGUUGAGGAAGAAUUUGAAGUCUCUGGUUAUUGCUCAUCCUACUUGGUUCAUACGCACUGUACUGGCAAUAUCCAGGCCCUUUAUCAGUGUGAAGUUCAUGAAUAAGAUCCAGUAUGUUCACAGCCUGGAUGAACUGGCCCUAAUGGUCCCUAUGGAGCACGUACAUGUCCCAGAAUGUGUUUUACAGUUUGACGAAGAGAGGAUUAAAGCCCGCAGAGAAAGAAUGGAACAAGAGCAAAAGCAGCAGGUGGAGCAAAAGGAACCGGUCAACAAAAAGUCAGAGAGGCCAAAGUCAAUGAUUGUAGAGCAAGGAUUAUAAAAAGGGAAGACUUCGCCGAUUAAAUAGUUUCUUUUGCGGCAGUGUGCCACUUGGAGCAUCAAUCUAUUCACGGAAGCCUCAAGGACGACACGCGCUUCUUUGUGGGCUCAUCAUUUUUUGAUCACGAUACAGCGGCAAGUGCAACAUCACUUUUUUUUUCUCUCUUUUGAUGAGAGGGUUCAUUCACGAAUUGAACAUUUGUGCAAAGGAGUUUGUUGUUCCAUGGACUUUACGCUUGCACUUUAAUGUAGGAACAAAUGAAGGAAUGUUUCUCAUCCCGAAGCUAUUUUCAAUGUAAAUACUGCACUAGAAUGUUUUUGAUUUUGCUCCAUGCUGUUAUAUCAUAAAGCCUUUUCAAGCUUUUUAGUUUGAAAAUUCUCAGUGUCCAUUAUGUACCGACAAGGUCGUUCUCUCUGAUCUCCAUCUAUACUUAAACCAUGUGCCUCUGUCUCUUGAGUUUAAAAUGCAGAAAUAUGAGAACUAUUUGCACAAGCUCAUAUCAAAUUACUGCAUUCCUAUUUUGUAAUUAUUUCCUCCUUUUUGGCUUCAAAUAACGACGUAGAAUGACACUCGGGCAAACCAAUUUUGUUUUGAAUAAUCUUGCUAAAAUAUAACCAGAUAUCACUGAAAAGCGAAUAAUCUUAAUUUGAAGACAUGAAUGAAUUAGUGAUUCCUUUCUUCUUUAUCGCAUGUUUAUCAUACAAUAAGAUUAAAUGUAAAAUAUAUGAUUAGUUUAGGUAUCACUUAGUUUUGCUGUAUUUUGCAUACUGUACAUUUUGCACUACUUUUCAAAGCUACGUACACGUUUUGCACGGUUUUAUUUUUCUAAACAAACUAAAAGGUCCUCUUGCUAGAGAUUCCAAGAGGAAUGCACAUACACAAAAAGUAGACUUCAUCAUUUUAUUUCAACCUGUUCAACAUAAUUGUAUUUUGUCAGAUCAACAUCGACUCUUUUUUCCCCUUUUUCAAACAUCUCAUUUUAUGUCGAGGCGUUGUUUUCUUUUUGCUCUCCGUCUCUCUUGUCUUCCAUUGAUGCGAUAGUUAUGCUAGCAGGACAUUAUUUUUCUAUGAAUGCCGCGUUAUUGCUUCAUCACUUUCAAACAUUUGGAAUUGUGACUCUUUUUUUUAUUUUGUUGAGUGCCUGAUCUUGAACUCAUUGAUAAAAAUAACAAAAUAUGACAAUUAGUCACAUAGACUUGUCAUAUGUAGCAAACCUCUGUGGCGUGUAGACAAACAUGAACUUUCCAAAAUGAUUUUCCUUUUGACCAUAAAAGCACAAUAUACAGACAGACACUGGCUAUUUUAUUUUAUUUUUUUUGUAUCUUGAUUGCAAUACGUGUUGUUUUUUGUUGUUCAUAGUUGAAUAAAUACGUACGUCUGCUUUGUGAAUAGAACUGAAUAAAUAGUCCCUCCCUAAAAUC